GAAAUUUUCAUUUAAAAGCCCUUCCUGUCUGCUCAACAUUGAUAAAUUAAUAAAACUACGUUUGCUAUGGAUCUGCCUUCACCGGACAAUAAAUAUUACAGAAAAGCAUAUCAACGAAUUUUUGUCAAUCGAUCGUUGCAUUUAGAGAAGAUAAAAUGGAUUGGGCUCGACAUGGAUUAUACAUUGGCAGACUACAAAUCUCCUCAAUAUGAGCAGUUAGGAUUUAAUUUAAUUAAGCAACGAUUGGUUGACGUUGGAUAUCCUGAAGAAAUACUUGAAUUUGACUAUGAUAAUAGUUUCCCUAUACGUGGCCUGUGGUUUGAUACGCAUUUUGGAAAUUUGUUGAAGGUUGAUGCCUAUGGCAACAUACUCGUUUGUGUACAUGGAUUUGAGUUUCUUAAGCCUCAUUCAAUUUAUGACCUAUAUCCAAACAAGUUUCUUCAGCUGGAUGAGUCUCGCGUUUAUGUGCUCAAUACAUUAUUUAAUCUUCCAGAAACUUAUCUGCUUGCAUGCCUUGUUGAUUUCUUUACAAAUUCACCAAAAUAUCAACGCGAGAAGACAGGUGUCAAAAUUGGCGAAUUAUUCAUGUCUUUCAGAUCAAUUUUCCAAGACGUUCGUAGUGCUGUUGAUUGGGUGCAUUUGCAUGGAGAUUUAAAAUCAAAGACUGUAGAGAAUCUUGAUCAUUACGUUAAAAAAGAUCCACGCUUGCCGUUAUUAUUGCAUCGAAUUCGUGAAGCAGGAAUCAAAGUAUUUCUGUUGACAAAUAGUGACUAUAACUUUACAAAUAAAAUUAUGACAUUUUUAUUUGACUUGGAGCAACAACCCGUUGGUCUAGGCGAGUCAAAGAAGGACUGGAAAAAUUGGAGAACUUAUUUUGAUAUUAUUGUUGUUGAUGCUAGAAAGCCUUUGUUCUUCGGUGAAGGAACGAUCUUUAGACAAGUCGAUAUGAAUACUGAAAAGUUAAAAAUGGGUACAUAUCUGGGAAGGUUUCAAGAAGGUCAUAUUUAUUCAGGCGGUUCUUGUGAUGUUUUUACGUCGAUUAUUGGAGCUAAAGGAAAGGAUAUUUUAUACAUUGGGGAUCAUAUUUUUGGUGAUGUUCUGAAGAGUAAGAAGAAGCGUGGAUGGAGAACGUUCUUAGUUGUGCCUGAAUUACAUGACGAGUUACAUGUAUGGACAGAUAAAUGCCAAUUAUUUUACGAGUUGCAACAAUUAGAUGUUAAAUUAGGAGAAAUUUAUAAACACUUGGAUUCAAGCACAAAGGAAAAACCUGAUAUAUCAACACUUAGAAAUAAGAUUCGUGAAGUUACACAUGAAAUGGAUAUGAGCUAUGGAAUGUUUGGCUCGUUAUUUCGAUCUGGAUCUAGACAAACGUUUUUCGCUUCUCAAUUAAUUCGAUAUGCUGAUAUUUAUGCUGCAACCUUCUUGAAUUUAGAGUUUUAUCCAUUCAGUUACAUGUUUAGAGCUCCAGCAAUGCUACUUCCACAUGAAAGUACUGUUGAACACCAACAAAGAUUUAAGGUUGACGAUACAUCAGGAGUUUUGACUAGAGGACGUGUUUUUGGACAUAAAAAGGGUGCUGAUCUUAAACCGUUUUCGGACAAUCUUGUGCAUGUAAGACCAUUGACACCACAAAGUGUAACUCAUGAUCACGAUGAAGAUGGCUGCGAUGAUGAAGAUUCUGAUGAUAAGAAAUCAGAUAGACGAUCUGACGAGGAACCAAACAUUUGAGAUUUAAAGUUUCCACCAUUAUUUCCUCUUCCAAAGCAAUAUUAGUCAAUAUAUAAAGCAAAACAUUUUUGGUGAGGCUCAUACCAUAGAUACUAGAUGACCAAAAAAUAUAUAUAUGAAGCACUUGUUGCAAAUUUACUGUUGUUACUAAAAAAUCUAUAAAAUAAUAUUGUGACUUUAAAACUUUUAUUUUUCUGUCUUUGUCAGUUCUUUUAAAACUACUCAUACCACUUCUGUUUUUGUAUGUUUACGGAUAAUUCCUAAGUAAUGUUAUUUUAAUAAUAAGAUUUCACCAUUCUUUUUUAUUUUCGUGUAACACACGUUUUAUGGCUUUAUACUUCCUUAUAAACUUGAGCUCAAAAUUAUUCUCAUUUAAUUCUUUGUCUGUCACUAAAAACUAGUUCUUUUCUUUUCUCAAAAAAAGAAAGCAACGGAAAUGCAUUUGAAAUUUAUUAAUCUUAGAUUAAAAAAUUUUCAAGUAUUAUUAAAGAUUGUCUCAAAAGAUUUUAGAUGAAAAUUGCAAUUUAUAUGCUUAAAUUAUUUUGCACAAAAAUACGUAUGAAUCAUGUACUAAUUAAUUUUUAUCCGGAAUAAAAUGAUAAUUCUUGAUAGCAG